CCCCACCAUCCCUUUUCUCUCUCUUCACCUUCGCUCUCUCAAGAUGGUCGCUUCCAGUGUUCUUGGUUUCCCCCGCAUCGGUGCUAACCGUGAGGUCAAAAAGGCCGUCGAGGCGUAUUGGGCGGGAAAAAUUUCUGCCGACCAACUCACCCAGGCGGCGGCUGAAGUGAGGAAGACCAAUUGGACUUCAGUGAAGUCCAAGGGUGUCGACUUUGUCCCCAGCGGCGAGUUCUCUCUUUACGACCACGUUCUUGACCACUCGGCUGCCUUCAAUGUCAUCCCCAAGCGCUACGUCGGCCAGGGCCUUUCGCCCCUCGACGUUUAUUUCGCCAUGGGCCGUGGUCGUCAAGCUGAUGGCGUCGAUGUCCCGGCUUCUGAGAUGAAGAAGUGGUUCGACUCCAACUACCACUUCGUCGUCCCGGAGUUCUCGGAGGAGACCGACUUCAAGUUGAACUUCAACAAGGCCGUUGAAGAGUACAAGGAGGCCAAGGCCCUCGGUGUCGAGACUCGCCCCGUCGUCUUGGGCCCCGUUUCUUUCCUCGUCCUCGGCAAGAACUCGAAGGAGGCCAAGGAGGGCUUCCAGCCCCUCUCCCUCCUCCCCGAGCUUCUUCCUGUCUACAAGCAGCUCUUGUCUGACCUCAAGGCUGCUGGUGCCGAGUGGGUCCAGGUUGAUGAGCCGAUUCUCGUCCUCGACAAGGCUUCCACCCUUGAGAAAGAGUUCGCCACGGCCUACGCCGAGCUUGCCCCCGUCGCGCCCAAGAUCAUCCUCACCACGUACUUCGGACGCCUCGACUCUAACCUCUCCUACGUCGCUAAGCUCCCUGUCGCUGGCCUUCACAUCGAUCUCGACCGUGCCCCUGGUCAGCUCGACGAGGUUAUCGCCGCCGUCAAGCCCACGAACAUCAUCCUUUCUCUUGGCCUCGUCUCUGGCCGUAACAUUUGGAAGACCGACUUCCAGGCCGCUAUCAAGCAGGGACAGAAGGCUGUUGAUGCCCUCGGCCAAGACCGCGUCGUCAUCGCCACCUCGUCUUCGCUGCUUCACACCCCAGUCACCCUCGCCUCCGAGACCAAGCUCACCGCUGAGCAGAAGGACUGGUUCUCCUUCGCAUUGGAGAAGUCCGCUGAGGUUGCCGUCAUUGCCAAGGCCCUCUCCGGAUCUCAGGACGCCGAGGUCACCAAGGCUAUCGAGGAGAACAAGGCUUCCAUCGCCAAGCGCCGUGAGUUCGAACGCACCUCCGACGACGCUGUUCGCAAGCGUGUCGCCGCUAUCACGCCAGAGAUGCUCGACCGCAAGAGCCCCUUCGCCGUUCGUAAGGAGAUCCAGGCCAAGAAGUUGAACCUCCCCAAGUUCCCGACCACCACCAUUGGUUCCUUCCCUCAAACUAAGGAGAUCCGUGCCGCUCGUGCUAAGUUCACCAAGGGUGAGAUCACGGAGCAGGAGUACGAAGAUUUCCUCAAGAAGGAGAUCGAGAGCGUCGUUCGCUUCCAGGAGCGCGUUGGUCUCGACCUUCUCGUUCACGGCGAGCCCGAGCGUAACGACAUGGUGCAGUAUUUCGGCGAGCAGUUCAACGGCUUCGUCUUCACCCAGAACGCUUGGGUCCAGAGCUACGGUUCUCGUUACGUCCGUCCUCCCAUCAUCGUCUCCGACGUCAGCCGUCCCGGGCCUAUCACUGUCAAGUGGAGUGCGUACGCCCAGAGCGUUACCAAGAGCCCCAUGAAGGGUAUGCUCACUGGGCCGGUCACUAUCCUGAACUGGUCGUUCCCUCGUGCGGAUGUCUCUCGCGAGCUCCAGUCCAAGCAGCUUGCCCUUGCCCUCCGCGACGAGGUCAUUGAUCUCGAGAAGGCCGGUAUCUCCGCCAUCCAGGUCGACGAGCCCGCUAUUCGUGAAGGUCUCCCCCUUCGUCGCUCUGACUGGGACAGCUACCUCAAGUGGGCUGUCGAUUCCUUCAAGCUCUCUACUGCUGGCGUUACCGAUGCUCUCCAGACUCACUCUCACUUCUGCUACUCCGACUUCGACGACAUCUUCCCCUCCAUUCAGCGCCUCGACGCUGAUGUCAUCUCCAUCGAGGCAUCGAAGAGCGACAUGAAGCUCUUGAACACCUUCAAGCAGUACGGCUACUCCAACCAGAUCGGUCCUGGUGUUUACGACAUCCACUCUCCUCGUGUCCCCGGCGACCAGGAGAUUCGUGACCGCCUCCAGUCCAUGCUCGACAUCCUCCCUGACGGUCUCCUCUUCGUCAACCCCGACUGCGGUUUGAAGACUCGUGGCUGGAAGGAGACUGAGGCCUCUCUUAUUAACCUUGUCUCGGCCGCUCGCUGGGCGCGCCAGACGCACGCUUGAUUCAACAUCUCACUGCGCUUCAACAGCGUCCACAUAACGGUUAAGUUAUGAGCUCUCAACAGCAGCUGCUCUGUUUUGACCUGGGUGGUAGUUGCGGCGAGAUGAUUAUUAUUUUGGUUCGCCCUUGCGGCGCUUGGGCGCACUGGGAUUAUGCUCUGCAGAUGAUGCAGUACAUACGAUAGGAGCGUGUGCCCUCCCUAUGUGUCUUCAUCUCAUGGAGCAUGUCGAGGGAUGGUUAUGGGCUCUUCGUGGAGGAUGGUGGAAGCGUUAUGUAUGCGGUGUCGGCGGUAGUUACUGCUCUACGUUAUGGAUUUCAACAAUCCCUGUCUUGGAAUGAUCAACUGCAUUCCUCUUGAACAAUU